UGUUCUUAAAUUAUUAGUUGUUUUGCAAAUUUUCGUGUAGCAGUGAAAUUUGUUUUAUUGAACAACUUAGCUACAUCGUCUAUGGACCGACCAAAGAAAAAGGUCGUACUACGAGCGGUGAACUCGAUGAGCUCACUAUCCACGAUCGUCGAAGAAAAUGGAGUAAAACGAAUGCGGGCAGUGAACUCAUUGACUUCGAUAUCUGAACUAGACGACAACGACCUACUGGCUCUGCUUGUUGACCGGCCAAGACUGAAACUCGAACGGAAAAACUCAUACGACGAGAAGUCUUUCAGCGAGUUAAGUCUUUACGACAGCGCACACUCUCUGGACGGUAGGUUUGGUUGGGAAACGCCGACUUUCUCCAUCAACGACUCGUUUGACCCUCACCCAAUGGUCUCAAAAGCUUGGGAAGCUCUUUUCCGUUCUCAAGUCUACUUCCGAGGUCAACCGGUAGGAACCAUCGCCGCAUAUGACCAUGCUUCUGAGGAGGUCUUGAACUAUGAUCAGGUAUUCGUACGAGAUUUUGUACCGAGCGCUCUAGCAUUCUUGAUGAAUGGAGAGCCAGAGAUUGUGAAGAAUUUUCUCCUUAAGACGCUUCAAAUCCAGGGACAUGAAAAAAAGAUCGACAGGUUCAAGCUUGGUGAUGGUGCAAUGCCAGCGAGCUUCAAAGUUCUCCAUAACCCUAUCAAGAAGACAGAUAGUAUCAUUGCUGACUUUGGAGAGAGUGCCAUCGGGAGAGUGGCUCCAGUUGAUUCAGGCUUCUGGUGGAUCAUUCUCCUCCGAGCUUACACAAAGUCUACAGGAGACCUUUCUCUGGCCGAGAGACCCGAGUGCCAAAAGGGCAUGCGGCUCAUACUCUCUUUGUGUCUCUCUGAGGGUUUUGAUACUUUCCCUACGUUGCUUUGCGCAGAUGGUUGCUCCAUGAUCGAUCGAAGAAUGGGUGUAUAUGGAUACCCGAUCGAGAUCCAAGCCCUCUUUUUCAUGGCUCUUCAAUCAGCACACUCCAUGCUGAAACAAGACGCCGAGGGAAAAGAGCUCAUGGACAAGAUAGGGAAGCGGUUGAACGCGAUGAGCUUCCACAUGAGAAGCUACUUCUGGCUUGACUUCCAGCAGCUCAAUGACAUUUACCGUUACAAGACGGAGGAGUACUCACACACCGCAGUUAACAAGUUCAACGUCAUCCCCGACUCCAUCCCGGAUUGGGUCUUUGAUUUCAUGCCUCUCCAGGGUGGCUACUUCGUCGGUAACGUCAGUCCUGCCCGCAUGGAUUUCAGGUGGUUUGCGUUGGGAAAUUGUAUCGCUAUUCUUUCCUCGUUGGCUACGCCCGAGCAGUCCAUGGCUAUCAUGGACCUUAUUGAGGCUCGGUGGGAUGAACUGGUCGGAGAGAUGCCGUUAAAGAUAUGUUAUCCGGCGUUGGAGAGUCACGAGUGGCGCAUUGUCACUGGCUGUGACCCUAAGAACACGAGGUGGAGCUACCAUAACGGAGGCUCUUGGCCAGUGCUUCUAUGGUUGCUAACGGCGGCCAGCAUAAAGACCGGACGGCCACAAAUAGCUCGACGGGCAAUAGACUUGGCGGAGGCACGGCUGUUGAAGGAUGGAUGGCCGGAGUACUACGAUGGGAAGUCGGGAAGGUUCAUCGGAAAACAGGCCAGGAAAUUUCAGACAUGGUCAAUUGCUGGCUAUUUGGUGGCCAAAAUGAUGAUGGAGGAUCCAACGCAUGUAGGAAUGAUCUCAAUGGAAGAAGAAAAACACAUGAAACCUGUUCUUAAUAGAUCUUUUUCUUGGAGUUGAAUUAUAUGA